AUGCUCAAGUUACUCGCUGUAGUUUCAGACAUCUCCGAUAUCGCUCAUCACAAAUACCAGGUGCUUGAAGAAUGCCUAUUCUACAAACUGACGAAGGAUGCCGAUCAAAUGCAAGGUAAAAGCAACUCACUUAUGCUCCUACCACCUACCGUAGCCGCUGGAGAGACACUUGAUGUGCAGGUGCUUCAUGCCGGUGUCCGACAGAUGUGGAUGAAUGAGGUCUUCAAAGAGAUGAACAUCAACGGCUAUUUGAAGCUCGUAAGUGUAGUUCUUCUGUUUUGUUUAUUCAACUUUCAUCGCGAAAAAAAAAACUCUAGCCAUUUGUUAUUUUUCAUAGAAUUUAAUUGGCUUGAUUCUCAUAUGAGUAGUCUGAAUCAGCAUGACAUUUUCCCUUCGGAAGAACAAUGGAGCAGAACGGAAAGUCGUGCCGAAGUUAUUCUUUCAUCUUUUCUUCUCAUCCAGGAGGUGACGGAAUCAAGCCUACUGAUGACAGUCACACGUAUUGAUUGA